AUGUCUUCUCUUCAUUUCAACCUCCAUCCACUCCCUCCAUCUGUUGGAUGUAUCUUUGCUGAAAUGGUGAGGAGACAUGCUUUGUUUCCGGGGGAUUCUGAAUAUCAGCAGCUUCUUAAUAUAUUCAAGCUCUGUUGCGGUGCUACUUUUAUGUUUGCUGUCUGUAAGGAUACUAGAGUUGCAUUAUUGUUGACUGGAGUGAGAAACAUUGACAUACUCAGGAAAACUAACAACCUUACUGUGAAUUCAAGGUGCAGAUUUUUAUUUUGCAAAGAUAGUAGAAGAAAAUAUAUUGGCCGAGUGAGGUGCGCAACUGCAGUUCCUGGAACUAGAGAGAGGAUGGAGAUGGAGAGGAAAGAGAGGGUAAGAAAAGCUGAGGCGUUGGUUGAGAAAGCAAUGAAAGGGAAUGAUGCUUCUCACGAUGCAGUGCAUGUUUGGAGGGUUCGUGACCUUGCUCUCUCCCUUGCCUCUGAGGAAGGCCUCUCUUCUGAUCCACACUCCAUAGAAAUCUUACAGCUGGCACCUGUUUUCUUUACUUUCUCGCUUGGAAUGAAAAUGCACUAUUUUGGGCGCACUCUCCUGCAUGGAGGGGCAAAGUACAGAGCAACUGGGCAUGGAUUUGUCGUUCGUCAUGAAAAGUUUGCAGACAAUUACAGGAUGUACUCUAGGAGUCACUUUGUCAAAGGGAUUGAGCUCACAAUAUUGCUCAUUUGUUAUAUGAUUUAUGGAUCAGCAACAACUGACUCAGCAGCAUACGCAUUUCUGUCAUGGUCAAUGUGGUUUUUGACAACAGGAAGCCGAGGAAAUUCAGGGCCUGUUUGUGGUUCUAAAAUAAAUGAGUUACCUAACAACCAUUCAUCAAACACACUGUCUAGGAGUGAAGUUAUUGCUUCCAGUGGCUUAGGUCGAAGCAACAGUUUAACAAACAAAACUCAUACUGCUCUACAUGCAAAUCCUAAGGAAAAGCUUAUCAAUGCUAGCUUCGUAAAACAUCAAAGCAAUAAUGUGGCAAGUCUGUCACAUGAGAACCCAUCCCUCGGAAAUGGUUUCAUAGAUCAUGUCCAACCUAAUGGUUCUUGCUUGAGACAGGAACAAAAUGUAGCUUUGCCAGUUGUAGAUAAUAAAUUGCAACAUGCUGAAAUGGGAUCUACAGAAGUUCUAAGGUCAGAGCGGGUGGUUAUUCCUGAAAACUUAGACGGGGAAGAGCAAUAUAUCGAAAGUGAUAAUGAUAUUCCUUAUUAUUCUGAUAUAGAGGCGAUGAUACUUGAAAUGGACUUGGAACCUGAUGUUCAGGAUUUCAUGAAUUUUGUAGAAUAUUGUAACAUUUUUUGUAAUUCUCUCAAGUUGUAG